AUGAGGGAGGCCCCGCUGGAGUUCCGCGCCGGGGCCUUCUGCGGCGGCUGCCUGACGCGCCAGCAGGCCAGGGACCGAUGCCUGCAGGCCACACGGCGGGAGGUGCACAAGCUAACGAUGUCCCGGGAGUUUGCUGAGUGGUACACCAACAAGCAGACCUCGGCCAUAGUCACUUGGUGGUGCGCAUUUGCACUGGGCUUGCUGGUCAUCGCAGCUUCCACAGCUGCUGCGGGCGUGCUCUACCUGUGGGUGCGGGACACGCAGAAGGUCCUGGCUGACACCCAGGGGAAAGCAUUGCUAGUACCUGCCCCUGAAACUGCCCCCUUACCAGAUACCGAGAUGGCCACCGAUGCAAACGCAAAACUGGGAGAAACUGCUACAGGCGAUGAGCGAAAGGGCCCCUCUUGUGACUGGGACCCAUAUGACGUCGGAGAAAUGUAUGAAUCUGCACGUCCUGAGGACAAUCUGCUGAGUAAUGAAGGGUGUGGAUAUGCUUCAGUGGACCAACGGCAGCACGCCAAUGACCUGCGUAUGGAGGAGCCCAUCUGGGAAGACUGCGCCAGGUCUUUGAAGCAGCAGGACCAUACUACGCCAAAGGUGGAAAAGGAUCCUUGUUACAGUCGAUAG